UGAGCAGUCUGGUAAUUUAGCAACAAUAAGAUAGAUGAACUAGUGGCACAAAGAGAGAUAAAUGGUUUAGAUCUAAUUGCCAUUAGAGUUGGCUACAUGGUGACCAAGGUUGGGAACUAAAUAUUUCAGCGUACACAAUGUUUUAAAAAGACAGAUCGAAUGGUAAGGGAGAUGGGGUAGCCCUGAUAAUAAAGGAUAACAUAAAGACAUUAGUGAGAAAAGAUCUUGGUUCAGAAAAUCAGGAAGUAGAAUCAGUAUAAAUGAGAUUCAGGAAUAGCAAGGUCAGAUAAUGCUGGUGGGGGCAGUUUAUGGGCCCCCUAAUAGUAGUUAUACUGUUGAUCAGAGCAUUAAACAAUACAUUAUUGGAGUUUGUAACAAAGACAAUGUAAUAACUGUAGGAGACUUUAAUCUUCAAAGAGACUAGACCAAUCAAAUUGGCAAAGGUGGGGUGGCCUGAAAGAUGAGUUUGUAGAAUGCUUUUGUGGCAGUUUCCUGGAGCAAUGUAUUAUGGAACCAGCAAGGAGUAAAACUAUUUUAGAUGUAGUAUUGUGCAUUGAGGCAGGGUUAAUUAGUAAUGUCUAAAAUUAGUAAAAGAUCCACUGAGAAAUAGUAAUCAUUAUACUAUUGAAUUUCACAUGGUUUGAAAACAACAAGCUCCAAUCACAAUUAAAAAUCUUAAACAAAACCAAUUACUUAGGUAUAAGGGGAGAGCUAGCUACAGUUAAUUGGGUCAAUAGACUAAAAAUAACGGUGGUAAAAAACAGUGGGAAACAUUUAAAGAAAUAGCUCAAACAUUCAACAAAAAUACAUUCCAUUGAAAAACAAAAACUUGGUGACUUACUAAGGAGGCUAAGGAUAGUAUUAGAUUAAAAGAAGAAGCUUAUAAAGUUGCAAAUGCUGGAAUAAUAUCUCUCGAGACUGAAUUUUUCUUUUACAAAAUGGAAAGAUGUGGCAUUAACUGUACAUCUGGAUGCUAACCUGGGAUUUUUUUUAAAAGAUCAUAAGUUCGCCUUGGAAUGUCAACAGCAGGCCUCUUCCAAGAAAUCACCUGACAUAUAUGGGUAGUUUGCUGUCAGAAUGAAUGACAGUGAUGAUGAUGACACUCAGUUGUCAGCCCUUGCUUUGGCCGCCCUGCAAGAGUUCCAGUUGGAUCAACAGAAGAAGCAAUAUGCAGGGUUCAAUAAUUAUGUUGUUGGGUCCAUAGAAGAAGACUGGCAAUUAAGCCAAUUUUGGUACAGUGAUGAAACAGCUCUACGGCUAGCCCAGGAGGCAAUUGAAGCUGCAGGAAGUGACGGCAGAAUUGCCUGUAUCAGUACCCCAAGUGUAUAUCAGAAACUGAAGCAGCUUUGGAAUGGAGAGUUCUCUGCUAUUCUGUUGGAGUAUGACAGGCGGUUUUCAGUUUAUGGGAAGGAGUUUGUUUUCUAUGACUAUAACUACCCUAUGAAUUUACAUGAAGAUCUCCAACCUCACAGUUGCGACAUAGUGAUAGUCGAUCCACCCUAUCUUUCAAAAGAGUGUCUCAGCAAAAUAGCAUUAACAGUCAAAUAUUUAACAAAAGGAAAGAUUCUUCUUUGUACUGGUGCAAUCAUGGAAGACCUAGCAGCAAAGUUACUUUCUGUGAAAAUGUGCAAAUUUCUCCCAAAACACAACAGGAAUUUAUCAAAUGAAUUUCGUUGUUAUAUAAAUUAUGAGUCUAGAUUAGAUUUGGACUCCGUCUUGUAAGUUUUUAAAAAUGGAAAAACCCUGUUUUAUAAAAGAAUUGUAACUGAAGUUGUGCCCUAAAUAAUGACACAUGGAUUGCAAGGGCUUGUCAUAAUGUAUUAUCUAUUAAACUAACUGAUCAUCCAUAUUUCUGUGCUGCCAUUAGCAAUUUAUUCCACAAAUAAUUUCACAAAUUUCAAUAUUUUUUCAGUCCAUUCAAAUAAAAGGGUUCACAGGUACAAUAUAUAAUCCCCAGAUGCUACGUUUGUGAUUUUGAUGCUGUUAAAGGGUCAGUUCAUCACAUGGUACAAGGGUAUCAAGGAUACAUGGCACAAGUAUCAGGAAGUCAUUCUGAACCACUGAUGUCCCUUACAAUACCUAAUCCAGAGUGUCAUUUGCAUAGUGGCAAUGCACAGUGGCAAUGUUACUGGACUAGUAAAUCAGAGACCCAGGCUAAUGCUCUGGGGAUAUGGGUUCAAAUCGCACCACAACAGCUGGUGGAAUUUAAAUUUAAUUAAUAAAUCUGAAAUUAAAAGUUGGUCUCAGUAAUGACUAUUGGAUUGUCGUAAAACCUAAUCUGGUUCACUAAUGCCCUUUAGGGAAGGAAAUCUGUUGUCCUUACCUAGUCUGGCCUACUUGUGACUCCAGGCCCACACAAUGUGGUUAACUCUUAACUAGCAAGCCACUCAGUUGUACCAAAUCACUUCAGAAUAGCCAAAAAGAAACUCGACAUCAAUGUAGGCACCAGAAGCAGUACACUGUGCCCAGUCAACCCUGCAAAUUCCUCCUUACUAAAACCUGGGGACUUGUACCAAAAUUGGGAGAGCUAUAGUUCAGUAUAGUCAAGCUACAGCCUGACAUUGCCUGUAAGGUAUGUUUCUGUGAGUAUGACAACGUCCCAGACACUUCCAUCACGAUUCCUAGGUACGUCCUGUCCCAUUGGCAGAUGCGGCUGCACAGUGCUAUGCAGUCGGGAAGGAGUUGCCCUUAACAUUGACUCCAGACCCCAAGAAGUCUCAAGGCAUCAGCUCAAACAUGGGCAAGGAAAUCUGCUGAUUACACCCUCAGCUGAAGAAUCAGCACUCCUUCAUGUUGAAUAUCACUGGAAGAAGUGCUGAGGGUGACAAGGGCACAGAAUGUACUCUGGGCAGGGGACUUCCAAGUCCAUCACCAAGAGUGGCUCGAUAGCACCACAAUUGACUGACCAAGCUGGCUGAGUCCUGAAGGACAUAUCUGCUAGGCUGUGCCUGCAGCAGGUGUUGAGAGAAACAAGAGGGGAAAAACCUACUUGACCGCGUCCUCACCAAUCUACCUGUCACAGAUGCAUCUGUUCCUGACAGUACAGGUAGGACACCCAGUCCUUGUUGAGAGAAAGUUCUAUCUUCACACACUGAGGAUCACAUCCAUUGUGUUGUGUGGCACUACCAUCAGGCUGAAUGAGAUAGAUUCAGAACAGGUCUAUCAACUCAAAAUGGGGCAUCCAUGAAGUAAUGUGAGCUAUCUGCAGCAGCAGAAUUAUAUACUGUUACCUCAUGGCCUGGCAUACUCCUCACUCUACCAUUGCCAUUAAACCAGGGAAUCAAUCUGGUUCAAUGAGGAGUGCUUGCCAGGAGCAGCACUGGGCAUACCCAAAAAUUUGGUGCUAACCUGGUGAAGCUAGAACACAGGAUUAUAUGCAUUCCAUAUUGCGGAAGCAGCAUGCAAUAGAGAUCCUACAAUCGAAAGAUCAGAUCAAAGCUCUGCAGUCCUGCCACAUCCAGUCAUGAACGUUGGUGGACAAUUAAACAACUAAUCCAAGGAGCAGGCUCCAAAAUAUCCCCAUUCUUAAUGUUGGGGGAGCCCAGUACAUCAGUGCAAAGAAUAAGGCUGAAGUAUUUGCAACCAUCUUCAGCCAGAAGUGCUAAGUGGAUGAUCCAUCUUGGCCUUCUCCUGAGGUCUGCAGCAUCACAGAUGCCAGGCUGCAGCCAAUUCAAUCCACACUAUCUGAUAGGGAGAAAUGGCUGAAGGCAGUGGUUACAGCCAAGGCCAUGAGCCCUGACAAAUAUACCCCAAUACUGGGGAGAUUGAAGCCUUUGUCUUUGACACCAGCCACAAACUGACUCCAUUGCUCUCUCUGGAACUGAGGCACCAACCCAAGUAUUCACGACCUUGGUUUCAUAUUUGACCAUGAGAUGAACUUUCAACCACAGUUCUCCGUCAUUAGUAAGACUGCUUAUUAUCCCCUCCAUAAAGUUGUCCAACUCUGCCCCUGCAGGUCAACUGCUGCUGAAACCCUCAUCCAUGCCUUUGCUACCUUUAGACUUUACUAUUUUAACAUGCUCCUGGCCGCCCUCAGCGUUCUACCGAGUGAACUUGAGGCCAUUCAAAGCUCAGCUGCCUGUGUCCUAACUUGCACCAAAUCCUGUUCAUCCAUUACCCCUGGCGUCUUGAGCAUCCCGAAUUUUAAUUGUUUCACCAUCAGUGGCCUUGCCUUCAGCUGCAUGGGACCAAAGUUCUGGAAUUCCCUCCCUACACUUUUGUGUGUCACUUCCUUUCUUUCCUCCUUUUAAGGCACUCCUUAAAAAAACUAACCUGUCGACCAAGCUUUUGAUCAUUUGCCCUAAUAGCUCCUUAGUGGCUCAGUGUCAUAUUUUGUUUUAUAACACCCCUGGGACGUGCCUUGGGAUGUUUUAUUACAUUAAAGGUGGUAAAGUUGCUGUUGUCGUAUAUACCCAAUUUACAAUUGAAAGUACUAUUGAAUCUGCUUCCAUAACCCUUUCAGUAUUGCAUUCUAGGUCAUAACUCAGUGUGAACAUAUUCAAAGUCAAACACAAUUUUAUAAUUUGUGGAUCAAGUUCAAAUCUGUAAGCACUUAUUAAAUCUGCUGUUCACAAAAAUCAAUUGAAUAUAUUUGCUGGCUAGUAAUCUAGAGCUAAUAAUAGGAGAAUUGUACUAUAUUUGAUGUUUACUGAAUUUCAGGAGAGAGCAGUCUUGGCUAGUCUAUGUAUAAAGCCCUAUCGUUCUUUGCCUCUUCUGUUUUGUGAAGUAACAGCAAGGAAAUGAUUAUGAAAUGCCUGAAGUUAUUCUGUACAAUCAUUAUGGUUCUAUAUGAACUUUAAACCCACUUGUUUCCUAAUACGUAACAAAUUUUUAUUUGAUUGUAAAUGAAGGUCUUCAGAACAACUUUUUUGAUUAAAUGGUGAAUGAUUA